UAUACGCGUGUCGUCCAUGUUCCGAAUGUGGUGUGACUUAUUUUUGUUUUGUGUAAAUUAUCCUAGCAAUAUUAUAAAUGCGAAAAGCCACAGUAUGUUUUAUCGAAUAUAGUGUAAUCUUGCUCCGGCUGAAUGGAUCCCGCCGUCGCGUGGUAUCAGCCCGAGCAGGAAGGACCCGCGAAGCGCCUGUGGCUUCGUAUUUGGGAUACUCAAAGUGAAUUAGACAAAAUGAACUUGAAAAACAUAGAAAACGCAAACCCUAAUGUGAACAAAGCACAGGACUUUAUACCAAUAAAUGACGUGAAUGGUGAAAAUAGGAAUAAUAAUUAUUUUAAUCCCGCGCGGAGGAAAGUUAACGACAAUCGAGCCUCAACUUUUAACCUGAAUAAAAAUCACGAUGCUCUCAUAGGAGAAUACGGAGGCUGUCCGUGGCGAAUACCUAAUUAUGCGUACAAGCCGGGAGUGUUGGGGCUCCACGAAGAGAUCGAUCACUUCUACAUGUACAUGUCGCCGACGGAGACGGAGCACCUGGUCCGCUCGACCGUGGUGAACAGGAUCCGCGCCGCCAUCCUGUCGCUCUGGCCCCAGGCCCGGGUCGAGGUGUUCGGUUCAUUCCGUACUGGACUGUACCUGCCGACCAGCGAUAUAGACCUAGUCGUUAUUGGUCAGUGGGAGAAGCUCCCGCUCUGGACUCUGGAGCGGGAGCUCGUGGUGCAGGAUAUAGCAGAGAAGGAGAGCAUCAAGGUGCUCGAGAAGGCCACCGUGCCCAUCGUCAAGAUGACCGACAAAUAUUCAGAUGUUAAAGUGGACAUAUCUUUCAACAUGAGCAGCGGCGUGAAGAGCGCCGAACUUAUCAAACAUUUCAAGGAGAAAUACCCAGUCCUUUCUCGACUAGUGAUGGUCCUGAAGCAGUUUCUCCUGCAGCGAGACCUGAACGAAGUGUUCACCGGAGGCAUCUCCUCGUACUCCCUGAUCCUCAUGUGCAUCAGCUUCCUGCAACUGCACCCUCGGCCCGAGCGCCUGAGGCAGCCCAACAACCUGGGCGUCUUGCUCAUCGAGUUCUUCGAACUCUACGGCAGGAAAUUUAACUACGUGAAAACCGCCAUCAGAGUCAAGAACGGCGGCUCCUACGUCUCCAAGGACGAGAUACAGAAGGAGAUGAACGACGGUCACCGUCCGUCGCUGCUGUGCAUCGAGGACCCGCUGACGCCGGGCAACGACAUCGGCCGCUCCUCCUACGGCGCCCUGCAAGUCAAGCAGGCCUUCGACUACGGGUACAUCGUGCUGCAGCAGGCGGCGGCGGCGGGCGCGCCGGGCGUGCUGGGCCGCGUGCUGCGCGUCACCGACCACGUGCUGCAGUACCGCCGCUGGGUGCGCGACACCUUCCACCCCUACUUCUUCCCGCCGCCCGCGCCGCCGCGCCCGCACGACGACUCCGACCAGGAGUGGUCGUCCGGCUCGGUGUCGCCGCCGCCCGCCGCGCCUUCCCCGCCGGCCGCCGCGCCCUCCCCGCCGCCGCUGUCGGCGCUGCAGUGCUCGUCGCCCACGCCGCGCCGCGUGUCCGCGCACCAGAGCCUCAUCAUACACCACAUCACCAGCAACUCCGACUUCAACAACAUCCCCUCCGAACGUAUUCGCGUCGCUCGGGAGGGCUCGCGCCGCCCGUCGCCGACCUAUACUUACAAACAACGUUGGACAUCUCCAGGCGUGAUCCAGCGCUACGGCACCGCCGAGCCCAGCAAGGCGCGGCCGCAGCGCCCCCUCUCCGCCAAGCAGCGCCGCCAGCCGUCCCCCCACGGCGCCCCCUCCCCCGCGGCGCACGGGGGGCCGGGGGGGCCGCGCCGGGGGGCCGACCGCCACAAGAAGCGGCGCCACUUCACGCAGCGCUCGUAGCGGAGCCGCCCCCCGCCCUGCACAAUGCAAUUGACAAUGUGGGAUUUGUUAUACUUCUUGUUCGGUGCAACCAAUUAAUGUUCGAAUUUGAUUACUUGUGUUGCUGCCCGCUCACAAACACAGAACUUAGAGUGAUAUUAUAACGAUAUGUUUGGUCAUCAGACUGUGUGUUUGUUUGUUUGGCCGGCCCGGGCGGCUGCGUCCCGCGGGGCUGCGCUGUGUGCACUUGAAUGUCCGGCUUCUUAUAAAUAUAGAAAAGCACACGCUUUGUUGAAUAAUAUAAUGUAAUUUACUAUAAUACAGUUUCGAGGAAAAAUGAAAAAUCGAUUAACUUAAUUUUAUUUAUUGAAAAAAAAUAUUGUAAGCUAAUAAUUAGAUACUGAUUCUACUAAUGGAAUGAAAUAUAGAAAAUAAAAAGACUGGCCAAGGGACAACAGCUGAUUGAGUAUAUUCCAGCGCUGAGAGCGGGACGACACCGGCAUUAUAACAAAAGGUCACGAGAAAGACUGAAAUUGUUUUGUAAAGCAAUGGAAUGAAAACUAAAUAAAAAAUGACGCAAUCAGGAGGUUGUUCAGAACAGCAGGACGUUAGAAAUAAUUAUAGGAAUGGACGCCUCCCCCGUCCCCCGCGCUCCCCGGCCCCGCUCCCCGACCCCGCCCCCAGACCCCGCGCGGGGAGUAGACGCGGCGGACCAGAAGUCAAUUCGCGCGCUCACCAACGAACAGACAAUGUUGCGAAAUGUUUUAUUUUAAAAAUGACUACUGCAAAGUAUGAAUGUUUUAGAAGAAAAAUUUUGAACAGAUAUUUUAAAGAACAUGGGAUUGCUUGAAUAUUUUUUAAUCAGCGACAAACUGAUACAUCUGAACCUUGCAGAUGUGUCACAGCUCUGCUCUGUCGUGCAGACAACUCUGCAAUUAGAUUUGCGCAAGUCCGCGGGUCCCACAGUGGAGGGGGACGCACGUGGGGUGCUCACCGAGGCCCCCCCGACAGUAUCUGGACGUAGCGCGUCCCCCGGCGUGUCCCUCCGGCGCGUCCCCCCAGCGGACCGACAAGGAGAUCAUGUCUCUAAGUACAUACACUAAUGUAUUAUAUUUUUGCAAAUUUCUAAUUCUCUGAUGUUUUGUGUAGCAAUAUCGUGUAGAGGCGCCGCCCGCCCCCCGCCCCCUGCUCGCGCGCUGCUGCAGUGUCGGCUCCCCCACAGUACAUUCUAUACAAAUAUUGCCGCAUAAUACGUUGAAGUCGUGUAACAUAAAUUUAGAUUUAAGGAAUAUGAGGUUUUGCAACAUGCGAGGGCUGAGCGCGCCGCCCUCUCACUAUUUUAGAUUCAAAUUAUAAUGAGUGAGAUAGAGAUAGAGAAUACAAUUAAAAUGUUAACUACGUAAUGUGGGAAUUUAAGCAGAUAUAGGCGUCUGUAUGUGUACUGCGUGCGAGCGUGUUAUUGUGCUCCGGGUGGAUGAUAAAUAUUUUCCUUUUUAAAAGCUUGUAAAUUUGACAUUCUACUAGUGGUAAAAAGAUAUUUUAUUGUAAAGUAUUGAAAUAUUGUACUGGUGGUAGGACCACUUGUGCACGGGUGGGUACCACCACCCUGCCUAUUUCUG